AUGGCUGCAGACAGCACAGAUGGAGGCAAGGUAGAGGAGGUGGCGCUCUGUUUCACAAACAUGGAGCCCCGAGUGAUUCAGGAUGCAGGAUUGGUGCUCAAUGUGAUCAUUUCAUCAAAUGGCAGCCAGCUUUUAACAGUGUCAAGGGAAGUCGAAGCUAUUGAUUGCCUCCAGCGCACCAAGGACCUACUGGCUGAGUCCAACUUGAGGCUUCACAAAAUAGCUUCAAAUAGCGCUAAGGUCAUGGAGGCCUUUCCACGAGCAAUACAAGGCAAGGCCUUAGUAAGAGACCUUUCCUCAGAGCAGUAUGAUUGGGACGUGCCACAACCACCAGAGAAGGAAGCACUGAGUGAGAGUCAAGAAAACGCUGAGCAAAAAGAGGGCACCUUGGAGAAAUACCAUGAUGGUAAAACCCCCAAAAAGAGAAUGCAGGAAAGGAAGGAACUAUGGCGAUCCCUUAUCAUUGUGAAAGUCGGAUGGAGGGACAUGGAAAAUCUGGAUCUGGAGUGGAGGGACUCGGAGGCUCUGGAUUUGGGGUUGGGGGACCUGGAAUGUCCAUUGCUGUGUGAUGGACGACAGGCAUGCCUCCUCUUCCCUCUCCUCCUCCUCUUGCAAGCUUCUCUUUUAUUCAGUUUUGGUGAGCGCACCUGUCCAAACAGCUGCCGCUGUGAGGGGAAGAUUGUCCAUUGUGAAUCAGCAGGCUUUGUGGAUGUACCAGAAAACAUCUCAGUUGGCUGCCAGGGUCUCUCACUGCGCUACAAUGACCUGCACACUCUGCUCCCUUAUCAAUUUGCUCACCUCAACCAGCUGCUCUGGAUAUACCUGGACCAUAACCAAAUCUCUGUCCUGGAUAGCCGGGCUUUUCAGGGGGUCCGCAGGCUGAAAGAGCUAAUCUUGAGCUCCAACAAAAUCAGUUUGCUGCACAAUGCAACAUUCCAUGGGAUUCCCAACCUUCGGAGUCUGGACUUGUCUUACAACAAAUUGGAAGUGCUACAGCCAGGUCAGUUCCAUGGCCUGCGAAAGCUGCAAAACCUUCACCUACGCUCUAAUGGCCUCACUAACAUCCCCAUUCGAGCAUUCCUGGAAUGUCGAAGUUUGGAGUUUCUGGAUUUGGGUUAUAACAGAAUUAAAGCUCUAACACGCACCACUUUCUUGGGGUUGCAGAAAUUGAUGGAGCUGCAUCUGGAGCACAACCAAUUCUCAAGGAUUAACUUUUUUCUGUUCCCACGUCUGGCCAACCUCAGGUCACUAUACCUGCAGUGGAAUCGCAUCCGGGUUGUCAACCAGGGCCUUCCUUGGACUUGGUACACACUGCAGAAACUGGAUCUAUCUGGAAAUGAAAUCCAGACUCUGGAUCCAGCUGUUUUUCACUGCCUGCCCAACCUUCAGAUCCUUAAUCUGGAAUCCAACAAGUUGUCCAAUGUUUCGCAGGAGGCUGUUACAGCUUGGAUCUCACUAACCUCCAUCAGCCUAGCUGGCAACAUGUGGGACUGUGGGACAGGUAUAUGCCCACUUGUGGCCUGGUUGAGGAAUUUUCGUGGCAGUAAAGACACCACUAUGAUCUGCAGCAGCCCAAAGUAUCUUCAGGGAGAGAAAAUAAUGGACGCCACGAGGAACCAUGGCAUUUGUGAGGAAAAUGACUACUUUCAGACUGAAACACCCUCACCCAGCCAAGAACUUAUUUCUGAAACUACUACUGAUGCCACCUUUGCCCCCACUUCUGCUUCACCAGUCCUGCCCCCAACAACUGCUUUUGGACACGUUCCACCAUCCAGACUUAAGCCCAUUCCUCAUCCCAUUUUACCCACCCAGAUGAGCAAAGACCCUAGAGACUCUGUUUCUCACAUCCAGCCCACUAUCAAUAGCCUGUUGAUCACUCCACCGCCAGAAAUGGAGCACAUGACUCUACACAAAGUGGUGGUGGGCAGCGUUGCACUCUUCUUCACUAUGUCUCUCAUAAUUACUAUUAUCUAUGUGUUAUGGAGACGUUACCCAGAUGCAGCCAGGGUGCUGCAGCAGCAAUCCAUGGUGAGACGCAAGCACCGCAAAAAGAGUCCAGAGCCAGAGCAGAACCUGAGCUCUCAGCUCCAAGAGUAUUACAUGAGCUACAAUCCUGCUGCUACCCCAGAGGGAUUGGAGGUGCUUGGAAAUGGCACUGGUGCCUGCACAUGCGCAAUCUCUGGUUCCAGGGAAUGCGAGAACGAGUACACGUGUAGACGCCCCCUGCCCGGUGCCUGGCUGGGAGACGUGCCGACCAUCCACUAA